AGUUCCAAGGUGGAUUGUCCCCAAGGUCUCACACAACUGGAAAACUACCCAGCAAAGGCUGGGUCCUUAGAGAGCCACGGAUAUGGAGAAAUGAAGCUACAGGGAACAUCUGCAGAGCUGGCCAGACACCUGUGCACCGAAGUUGAGGCUGAUCAGAGCUCAGGCAGCCCAAGAAGCUGCGCGGUUUAGCCACAAGGGGUGAGAGCUGCCUGGUGACUGCUAUUUUGGGAGCCCCAAACAUUUGAAAAGGUGUAUUUCUGCUCAGCAUGGUGUUCCUGAGAUUGUGAUCUUUGCACUGAGGUAUAGACCCAGUGACCAGCAUGAAACCAACUGUUCAAUCUUUCUGACCCAAGGUGUUUCAUCCAAAUUUUAAAGCAUCAUCAACAACAAAUUGUUUGUGGAUGGCACCUAAGAGACCUUGACUUGUCCUGAGGAAAUAUUGCUUUACUGGGUUUACUGUCCAGCUGUCCCCUAAUCAGCCAUGAAUCAGCCAGACCCUGCUGAUGACCCGGACCCCAGCCCUUAUCCCCUGUGCGUGGUGUGCGGCCAAGCCCACUCCCCCGAGGAAAACCACUGCUACACCUACACGGAGGACGUGGACGAUGACCUCAUCUGCCACAUCUGCCUGCAAGCUUUGCUGGACCCUCUGGACACUCCCUGUGGACAUACCUAUUGCACCGUGUGCCUCACCAACUUCCUGGUGGAGAAGGACUUCUGCCCAGUGGACCGCAAGCCAGUGGUCCUGCAGCACUGCAAGAAGUCCAGCAUCCUGGUCAACAAGCUGCUCAACAAGCUGCUAGUGACCUGCCCUUUCUCGGAGCACUGCACCGAGGUGCUGCAGCGCUGUGAUCUCCAGCACCACUUCCAGACCAGCUGUAAAGGUGCCUCCCACUAUGGUCUGACCAAAGACAGGAAGAGGCGCUCGCAAGAUGGCUACCCGGACGGCUGCGCCAGCCUCACAGCAACGGCGCUCUCCCCAGAGGACUCUGCAGCUGCCACCAUCUCCUUAAUGCUGGACGAGCCUGGCCUAGACAACCCUGCCUACGUGUCGACGGCCGAGGACAGCCAGCCAGCAAACAGUCCCUCUGACUCUGGCCGGAGCAACCGAACUAGGGCUCGGCCCUUUGAGCGGUCCACUAUUCGAAGUAGAUCUUUUAAAAAAAUUAAUCGAGCUUUGAGCGUUCUUCGAAGGACAAAGAGUGGGAGUGCAGUUGCCAACCAAGCAGACCAGGGCAGGGAACAUCCUGAAAAUCCCAAUGCCCCUGAAGUCUUUCCAAGGCUGUAUCACCUGAUUCCAGAUGGUGAAAUUACCAGCAUCAAGAUCAAUCGAGUGGAUCCCAACGAAAGCCUCUCCAUCAGGCUUGUGGGAGGCAGUGAAACCCCACUGGUCCAUAUCAUUAUCCAACACAUUUAUCGUGAUGGAGUGAUCGCUAGAGAUGGCCGGCUGUUGCCAGGAGACAUCAUCCUCAAGGUCAACGGAAUGGACAUCAGCAACGUCCCCCACAACUACGCCCUGCGUCUCCUGCGACAGCCAUGCCGGGCGCUGCGGCUCACCGUGCUGCGGGAGCAGAAGUUCCGGAGCAGGAGCAACGGACACGUGUUGGAUACCUAUGGACCUCGGGAUGACAGUUUCCACGUGAUUCUCAACAAAAGUAGCCCCGAGGAGCAGCUGGGAAUAAAACUGGUGCGCAAGGUGGACGAACCUGGGGUGUUCAUCUUUAACGUGCUGGAUGGCGGCGUGGCGGACCGAGACGGCCAGCUGGAGGAGAACGACCGCGUGCUGGCCAUCAAUGGACACGACCUCCGAUAUGGCAGCCCGGAAAGCGCGGCUCAUCUGAUUCAGGCCAGUGAAAGGCGCGUUCACCUCGUCGUGUCCCGCCAGACUCGACAGCACAGCCCAGAUAUCUUUCAGGAAGCCAGCUGGAUCAGCAAUGGCAACUGGUCCCCAGACCCAGGCGAGAGGAGCAAUACUCCUAAGCCCUUCCAUCCUGCAGCCACCUGUCACGAGAAGGUGGUAAAUGUCCGAAAAGACCCCAGUGACUCUCUGGGCAUGACCGUUGCAGGGGGAGCAUCGCACAGGGAAUGGGACUUGCCUAUCUACGUCAUCAGCGUUGAACCUGGAGGAGUCAUAAGCAGAGAUGGGAGAAUCAAAACAGGUGACAUUUUGUUGAGUGUCAAUGGGACUGAACUCACGGAAGUCAGCCGGAGCGAGGCAGUUGCCUUAUUGAAAAGCACAUCCUCCUCCGUGGUACUCAGAGCCUUGGAAGUCAAAGAACAGGAGCCCGCAGAAGACGGCAGCAGCCCAGCAGCCCUAGACUCUAACCACAACAUGACCCCCCCUGGCGACUGGGCCCCAUCCUGGGUCAUGUGGCUGGAAUUACCACGGUACUUAUAUAACUGUAAAGAUGUUGUAUUACGAAGAAACACAGCUGGAAGCCUGGGCUUCUGCAUUGUAGGAGGUUAUGAAGAAUACAAUGGAAACAAACCUUUUUUUAUCAAAUCCAUUGUUGAAGGAACACCAGCAUACAAUGAUGGAAGAAUUAGAUGUGGUGAUAUUCUUCUUGCUGUCAAUGGUAGAAGUACAUCAGGCAUGAUACAUGCUUGCUUGGCAAGGAUGCUGAAAGAACUUAAAGGAAGAAUUACCCUCACUAUUGUUUCUUGGCCUGGCACUUUUUUAUAAAAUCAAUGAUGGGCCUCAGAAAAACAAAAAUCACACACAGGCUAAGUUGAAACAAUAUAUUUAUCAACUUUUAUAUUUAAAGAAUACAUUGUAAAAAUGUCAAGAAAAGUAUGAUCUAAUGAAAGCCAGUUACACCUCAGAGAAUAUUCUCAAAAUAAAAACUACUAUUAAUAGUUUUUAUUCAGUGUGAAAGAUUUCUCAUUACCACUUUAAGUUUCUAUUUUUACAUUCAAUUAAAAAGUCCAACUAAAAUGGUUUAUAUGACCCACUGAAUUCAAGUCAGUGAUUUAAAUAAAAAAUCUGGUAUAUACUUAUAUACCAGAGUACAUAUGGGGAUUUUUAAUUUAAAAGCCAGAGGAUUUUUUUUAAAAAAAUGCAUUGCUGAGAAACAUUUAUUUCAUCAAAUGAGAAAUAAAAUAUUUUUCAAAAAUUAUAGUCGUAUUUGUAUGUGAUUGUAUUGUUUACUUUCAUUAUCACCAUUUAAAAGAUUCUAGUAAUUCAUUCUUGAAACACCAAGUUGUUACCGCAAUUGACAUAAUAACUUUUAUGGUUAUCCCUAAAAUGCUCAGUUAUAAACUUUUGUUUUCUUAGUUUUAACAAGAAAUGACUAAUCUAAA